CAAGACUCUGGUCUUUAAUUUUGCUUCUUCUGUGACUCAUGAAACAGUUACUUUAGCUCUACACCCUAGAUUACAGCUGAUCUGAACUUUAUCCUCUCGAGGCCCAGCUGCAGCAGAUGCAGAUCCCACCUCCUCUUGUUAAGACCUCCCUACUUCCCCUUAUAUAAAGAAGGAAGGCCUGGGGGGAAUUAAAGCUGGUCAUUUGAAUCCUUGGACCUUUCGAGUGUGGUUUUAUCUCAGGUGCUCCUUCUCUUCAGCCAUGCCGGUGGACUUCAGCGGUACCUGGACUCUUGUCAGGUCUGAGAAUUUUGAAGGCUAUAUGUUGGCUUUAGGUAUAGAUUACGCAACUCGCAAGAUAGCAAACAUGUUGAAGCCCCAAAAGCUCAUCAAACAGAAAGGGGACGUGAUUUCUAUCCAGACGACCAGCACUUUUCGAAACUAUUUUCUCGAGUUCAAAAUUGGAGAGGAGUUUGAUGAAGAUAACAAAGGAUUGGACAACCGAAAAUGCAGAAGUGUGGUGACUUGGGACAAAGAUAAACUUGUUUGCACCCAGAACGGGGAAAAGAAAAACCGAGGCUGGUCCCACUGGAUCGAAGGAGAUGAGCUCUAUUUGGAGCUCCGUUGCGAAGGCCAGACAAGCACGCAAGUUUUCAAGCGACUGUGACUCUCGAACGGGACUCUUCAGAAAAGAGAACUGCGCAAGGGCAUCUUCAAGGCAUGGCCUCUUUUCACUGCAAGUCAACAACGUGGAAACUUCAGUAUUUUCUCCUUAUCCAAAAUGCUCUUUAGGCCAACUAAAGGGGGCUGUUAUAUGAAGUCACUUCAUUAAACAUA